ACAAUUUUUGUUUAUUUUUACUUUUUAAAAGUCAUUUCUAAAAUAAACUAUUUAAUUCAAUUUUUUACUUCUAAGUAGCAAAAAUCAAACAAGACCAAACCUAUCCAUUGAUGAUAAGAACCGAAGAAAGCAAGGAACAAGCCAGAAAAGAUGCUUGUGUGGCCGGCAAUGGUAGGGUAGAUUGAGUGGUUUGCCAAGUGCUCCUGCUACUGUGGCCGUGCUUGGAGUUGGUGUCUGAUGACAUAUUUUAUACAUAUGCCUAACCUGCUCUGUGACUCUAGUGAUUAGUCAUUACCUUUGAACAGAAAUCAUUGAAUUCAGUAAAUAGAAGUGUUCGACUCGAGGUUUCUGAUUCCCUGCCCAUUGAGCUCAUUCGGUCUGGAAAACACUGCUUUUCUUUAAAGAAGGUGGCAGGUGCUUUGUCAUUUCAUUUAAGAAGGUUCAAGUUCAGAAACAAAGAAAAUGAAGUUUCGACGUGGCAGAAGCUGCCUAUAUAGAGGGCCAAUGUACUACAACGGCAUCUACCACUUCUUCUACCAGUACAACCCGCACGGCGCGCUCUGGGACAUCGGCAGCCUCUCCUGGGGCCACUCCGUCUCCGGCGACCUCGUCAACUGGGCCGCCCUCGACAACGCGCUCGACCCGACGGUGCCCUUCGACGCCAACGGAUGCUGGUCGGGCUCCGCCACCAUCCUCCCGGGUGGCACCCCUGCCAUUCUCUACACGGGCAUUGACGCCAAGAAAGAGCAAGUGCAGAAUUUGGCAUUUCCCAAGAACACGUCCGACCCGCUUCUCCGCGAGUGGGACAAGCCCAGCUACAACCCGGUCAUCCCGCUGCCGGUCGACGUACCUGGCGACAAAUUCCGCGACCCAUCGACGGCGUGGCUCGGCCGCGACGGCCUGUGGCGCAUCGCCGUGUCCGCCGAGGUCAGCGGCGUGGCGUCCACGCUUAUCUACCGGAGCGCGGACUUCCUUCGCUGGGAGCGGAACGCCGUGCCGCUCCACUCCUCCCGCGCCGCGGGCAUGGUGGAGUGCCCGGACCUGUUCCCCGUGAAGGAGCACGGCAAUGACGGGUUCGACACGUCGGCGAACGGCCCCGGAGUCAGGCACGUGCUCAAGCUCAGCGUGAUGGACACGUUCCAGGACUACUACAUGGUCGGGCGGUACGACGACGCGACGGACGCCUUCGUGCUGGAGGAGCCAGAGCGCGGCGACGACGUACGGAACUGGCGGCGCCUUGACUACGGGCACGUGUACGCGUCCAAAUCUUUCUUCGACGCACGCAAGAACCGGCGCGUGCUGUGGGCGUGGGCCAACGAGUCCGACAGCCAGGCCGAUGACAUCGCCAGGGGCUGGUCUGGAGUUCAGACGUUCCCGAGGAAGGUGUGGAUGGACAAGGACGGCAAAACGCUGCGGCAGUGGCCCAUCGAGGAGAUCGAGACGCUGAGGACGAAACGCGUCGGUCUUCAGCGAACCGAGGUGAAUGCCGGAGCCCUGAAAGAGAUCGUCGGCGUCGCGGGCUCGCAGGCGGAUGUGAAGGUCGUGUUCAAGAUCCCGAGCCUGGCGGAGGCCGAGACGCUCGAUCCCAACUGGCUGCUGGACCCCCAGAAGCUGUGCGGGGAGAAGGGCGCCUCCGUGCAAGGCGGCAUCGGCCCGUUCGGGCUCAUCGUGAUGGCGUCCGGCGACCUGCAGGAACACACGGCCGUCUUCUUCAGGGUGUUCAAGCACCAUGAGAAGUACAAGGUUCUCAUGUGCACGGACCUGACAAGGUCAUCUACAAGAGCAAGGGUGUACAAGCCACCCUACGGAGGAUUUGUGGACAUUGACAUAGAGGAGCACAGGAGCAUAAAACUAAGAACCCUGAUUGAUCAUUCGGUCGUGGAGAGUUUCGGCGCUGGGGGACGGGUCUGCAUCACGGCUCGAGUGUACCCAGAGCAUGCAGCGACGAGCAACAGACACUUGUUCGUGUUCAACAAUGGAACUGACGCGCUGGGGGUGUCCAAGCUUGAGGUGUGGGAGCUCGCGACGGCGACCGUAAAUAUUGUAGGCGACGGCGACUGUAAAUAUUGUAGGCGACGGCGACCGUAAAUAUUGUAGGCGACGACUUGAUUGUGUCUUAAUCCACACGCGAAAGUGAGCCAUACUAAGCUUGAGCUUAAUUUGUUCUAUGGCUACAGUGACAAUCCGACCUGUUGAUUAUUUUUCCCCUUGGUCGGUUUGAUUUUAAGGGACAUUUUAUUUGAUGAUAUGGGAAGGAAACAUGUAUUUAAAUAAGAAAUACCGGUCAACAUUGUUGUUGAGAAAAUCCAUAUUGGUAGAUUCUGGGGGGAAAUAAUUGUCGAUAUUUUUGUAGCCUUUUCACUGCCA